AUGUCACAGGUUCGCGCCGACUACCGCAGCGUGCGCGUGCCUCAGAAGCCGUCCAUUUUCCAGCACCGCGGUGGCAUCGCGUCGUACCCUGCUCCGAAGGAGGGUGUUUGGCCCAAGAUCCUCGUACCCUACCGACCUUUGCUGGGCUUCCUGCCGCCGCCAGAGGAUAAGGCACGUCCGGAGCCGAGGCGAGAGCCCCUUCCUCCUCCUGAGGGAUGGGUGAGGACGCACCACGCUGCGCCCGCUGCGUAUCCCCGUCUCUAUCGCGAGGGACACGGAAAUUUGGGCCACGACUCGCAGCCCUGGGGCACUGUGCCGGACGAGGAGAGCAAGGAGGAGCGCGCGAAGCGGCUCGGAGAGUGGUGCGAAACCCUCGUUCGAGGACGGUAUGACUCGCAUGCGUGGAGUCUCGAAGAGGCCAAGGAGGCCGCGCCGCCAAGACAGUGGAUCAGCGUUGAGCGAUGGGCUCGUAAGGAUCCAGUUGGGGGUUACACGCUCGUGUGCACUCACGCGGGCGGGUUGCAGAAGGAGCACUGGCACACGAUCAUCCGCGAGAUCAUCAGCCACGACCCCUCCGCGCCGGCUCAGGCGUUCGGCGGCGGCCCGCUCGGUCCCCACAACGUCCGCAUAGACGAGGUCUGGAUGAUGGACGAUUUGCACCACAACGAGAGCGUGUAUCUCUCUGACGGUCGCCUGGGUCCCCUCCAGAGCUGGGAGGACACGGGGCGUGACUUUCUCAACCUCGUCGCGCAUGUUGUGACCUCCGCGCCGGCAUGCUCAGACCGUCCCUGGGAUCUUCCCUGGUCUUCUACUCCCGAGGUGCCGCGGAAGGUGAUCGGGCUCGGACACUCCUUCGGCGGUGCGGCAAUCUGUCAUGCCGCGCAUGCGAGACCUGAGCUCUUCGCGGGAAUCUGCCUAGUCGACCCCGUUCCUGUGCCCUGGUAUCUCCCCAAGGAGGACGGAUACCCGAACCCCACCGCCGCGUUCCCCGUGACCCCCGUCGUGCUCAAGCGGCGAGACACCUGGCCCUCGCGCCGCGCCGCCCGCGAGCUCCUGGCCUCCAACCCGUUCUUCGCGGCCUUCGAUCCCGAGCAGUUCGACGUCUACCUCGCACGAGCCCUCAUCCCCUCUGACCCCUCAAACCCCGAUGGUGAAGUAACCCUCGCGACCCCAAUCUGGGCCGAAGCAUGCACCUUCACGGAACCCGAGGCGGGCGCAAGGGCAUGGGACAAGCUGCCCAACAUUCCCGUGCCCGUGGGGUGGAUUAUGGCCGGCAAUUCGGCAACAACGUACGGCGACAAGAGGAGCCAGCAGAUGGUCCACCGCCCGCCGAGGGCGAGGAACGAGAGGUGGCUCCAGGCCGAGCACCUGCUCGUGCAGGAGAAACCGAGGUGGGUUGCGGAGAGUCUCUGGCGGUUCCUUGCGACGCUGGAUGCGGGGGAGUGGGAUGCGCCGAGCCCUGAUACGAGGGACGCGAAUCUGUGA